AUGGAUACUGAUGGCAAUGGAAUACUGGACAAGGAAGAGUUUAUUAAAGCAUACAUGGCGUAUAAGUCUCAAGGGGCAAAGAAAAUGGUGGACUGUUCGGAGACCGGAGCUGCUGUGAGUGCCAUGUCGUCGAACACGGGACAAGCGGCGCCGGCUACCGCCUCGACGGCCGGGGCAAGCGCUAUGACAAUGACUGGGGUUGCCAAGGCCACGGAUAAUGCAUCCGCGGAGGGUUUGGAACUGAUUUCCGAUGUGCUUGAACAGGAAGCUGAAGAUAUGUUCACCCGCAUGGACCUAAACCAAGACGGCUACAUAGGCAUCUCGGAAUGGCUGGCGGUUACGCUAGACGACACAUACGUUGCGAAUAGAGCGCGAUUAAGCAGCGCUUUUAGCGUUUUCGACAUUGACGGAAACGGCGAAAUUGAUAUCCAAGAGUUCAUUGACAUCCUCCAACCCUCCAAAAAGAGCCAACCGGAACUUAAGAACUACGUCGAGAAGUUCGAUCUUGACCACAACGGGAAACUCAGUUUUGAAGAAUUCUGCAAAGUCAUCGAGAACACACCGCAAGAUGUAAUUAAGAAGACCGAAACCAAAGAGUAA